GCUGUGCAGAACUAGGAGUAGGAUCUGUGUUUAUAUAGCCCAGGCAGACCCUCUCUCCGACCCAUUCCCUCUCAGCCGGAGAACACAACCCUACCAGGACCGAUGCCAAGGGAUUGCUCAGCAUUUAACGAGAGAGUGAGAGAGAGAAAAAGAGAGAGAGAGAGAGAGAGAGAAAGAGGAGGAGGGGAAACAGCUCUGACAUAUUUAACACAGACUCCCAUUCUCAACAUACUCACACACACAGCAGACAAAACUCACAGCACAGUCUCUGACAGGUAGGUAGACUUCAACACAGACAGACAGACUCCCUCUCUGAGACGGACGGCAGGCAGCAUGUUUCUGUGGUGGCUCCCCCAGGCAGUGUGUCUGGUGUCGCUGACUCUUGGGUACGAGGACGAAAUCGAGGUGAACUACGGUGACAGUUACUACAACGAGAUCACAGAGGGAGAGCCACCAGAGCCCACGGCCAUCCCAACCCAAGCCCCCUGUAAGGUUACAGAGAUGACUAAAUGGGAUAAGCUCUUCUCCAUGCUGGAAAACUCUCAGAUGAGGGAGAACAUGCUUCUGCAGUACUCUGAUGACAUCAUCAAGGUGGAGUUGGGGUCGCUGCGUGGAGAAAUGCUAAGGUUCGUGGCUCAGUACGGAGGGGCCUGUGGCGUUGCGGUGGAGACUGCUGGACGGAGGAUGUCCAUGCAGAUGGAAGCUCGCCUCAAGGAGAGCCUGGAGCAUCUCAGGCAAGAUCGGAGCAUUGCUGCUGGGAAAUCUGCAGGGAAUUCUGGGAAUAGCCACCAGGAGACGCUGUUACAGCAGCUCCUCACCGCGGCGCGGACACAGGCUUCCCGACUCGUCAAGCUAGAAAAUAUCUGCGUGAGUAAACCAGGACCCAUAACGCCACCAGAGGCAAAGGGGGAAGACCUGCAGCAGGAUGUGGUGCCGGCAGAGAUGCUGAUUGCCCUGGUGACAGAGCUGGAGAAGACGAGGGCAGUUCUGGAACUAGCGUUCAAGUCGGCACAGCAACGACACCUACCCGCAGGCUGUGAGACCGCUCUUCUCUUCCCUAUGCGUUCCCCUCGUAUCUUCUCGUCAGUGACACCAGACCUCCCUCUCUCCCUCUCUUCCUUCACCGUGUGCCUGUGGGCCAAGCCUGUCUCCGUCUCCAACAGAACCGUGCUGUUCUCCUACGGAACCAAACGGAACCCCUAUGAGAUCCAGCUCCUUCUCAGAGGAACCAGGGCUCUCUUCACUGUGGGGGAGAGGCUCAUGGUGGAGGGGCGGGGCGUGGUGAGAGGAGGAAUUUGGACCCACAUAUGCGGGGCUUGGAGCUCUGAGCAGGGUAUAGCGUCACUGUGGGCCGAUGGACACAGAGUGGCAUUCACACCCGGGGUGGCCGAGGGCCACGUGUUACCCGAUGGAGGCUCCCUCCAGCUGGGGCAGGAGAAGAACGACGGUGGGGUCUCUGGAGGGUCAGGUGGCAGUGGGAGUCAGAUGCCUGGGUUUGACGGAGGCUUCGAUGCCAAGUUGGCGUUCGCUGGGAAGAUGACAGGGGUGAACGUGUGGGACAGCGUGCUGACGGAGGAGGAGAUAUCCCAACUGGCUUUGCAGGACGGCGAGGGGUGUGAGCAGAGGGGGAACGUGGUUGGGUGGGGCUUGACGGAGAUCGUGCCUCACGGGGGUGCUCAGUUCAUCAACUAACUCUGAUGACGUUUUCAUCAUCAUCCUCAUCAUCAUCAUUUAAAUGAACUCUAUCAUCACCAUUAUAAACUAAGACCUGCAGGGCAGAACAGCCCAACUGGCUGAGACUGCGACAAUAAUGUGAACAUAAACAACAACAACAACAGCAGCUUCCUUUAAUGGUUAAGGAGACUGUGACAAUAAUGUGUCCUGUUGGAGAAGUGGUUCCCAUUUAGAGAAGCAGGAGAGUGGCAACACACACACACACACACACACACACACACACACACACACACACACACACACACACACACACACACACACACACACACACACACACACACACACACACACACCCUUGGUGAGAAGCAUUAGUAUACUGUACAUAGCCUUAGGAGGAGAAGUGGAGGAACCAGAAUUUACCACAGAUUUAAAGAGAGAAAAGGAAAGGACCGAGGUGAGAGAGAGAAACAAAGAGCUCAUUGUGUGGAAGGAAAGAUGCUUGAGGGCAACUGUCACAAAAAACAGUCUGCAAGGGUCAUCGCUAGAUGGCCAUGCCAGAGGAGGACAACAUUAUCUAUAACAUCAGAAGCUAUGCCAGAGGAGGACAACAUUAUCUAUAACAUCAGAAGCUAUGCCAGAGGAGGACAACAUUAUCUAUAACAUCAGAAGCUAUGCCAGAGGAGGACAACAUUAUCUAUACCAUCAGAAGCUAUAUUAGAGAGGACAACAUUAUCUAUAACAUCAGAAGCCAUGCUAGAGGAGGACAAUAUUAUCUAUACCAUCAGAAGCUAUAUUAGAGAGGACAACAUUAUCUAUAACAUCAGAAGCUAUAUUAGAGAGGACAACAUUAUCUAUACCAUCAGAAGCUAUGCCAGAGGAGGACAAUAUGAUCUAUACCAUCAGAAGCUAUCCUAGAGAGGACAACAUUUGCUAUAAAUAUCAGCAUUAUUUUUGCAAGUACGUUAGCUAUUUUUUACCAAUGGGAGUGUCAGGGUUGAGGGGUGAGUUAAAUGGGAAAGGGUUGAGGUUUGGGUUUAGUUGUUAGGAUGGCAUUGUGGUUAGAAAACGUUCUACCGUGGUCCUCUCUGGCAUGGCUAUGUAGUAACAACCAUCUGCAUGCUGCCAUAGGAUAUUGUAACUGUUCUAUUGCCUUAUAAUAUUACAUUUCCUGGAGAAAAAAAGUGAAUCUUUUUUUCAAUCGUUGUUUCCAACUUUUAAAAAAAUGUUUUUAUCAAAGUGUUUACAUUUCAGAUGUGACAAACAUAAUAUUUCAGUUGUUUUGUGUUUCUCUUUGUUUUCUAUAUAAUCUAAAAAGGGGUUUAUUGUGUUUCUCUUUGUUUUCUAUAUAAUCUAAAAGGGGUUUAUUGUGUUUCUCUUUGUUUUCUAUAUAAAUCUAAAAGGGGUUUAUUGUGUUUCUCUUUGUUUUCUAUAUAAUCUAAAAGGGGUUUUUGUGUUUCUCUUUGUGUUCUAUAUAAUCCAAAGGGGUUUAUUGUGUUUCUCUUUGUGUUCUAUAUAAUCCAAAGGGGUUUUUGUGUUUCUCUUUGUGUUCUAUAUAAUCCAAAGGGGUUUUUGUGUUUCUCUUUGAAAUGGGUGACAACAAGAUGACACAACUAUAGUGGCUUAUUCCCUAUUGGUUUUGCGUCCCUUGUGAGACAGAAACACUUGAUUUGAAAAGAGGAACUGUGGACAAUGUUUACAGAAUGUUUUGUUACGACCUAUCUCUGCUCUCUGUUAUUAACGUAGUAGACAAUGUGUAUCAUAUUGUAAAUUGUUUUGUGUUUUUGUCAAGAAGUAAAAAUGAAUGUAUUUUGUAUAUAAAUCUUAUUAUUUUUUUUGCAUUACAGUAGGACUAGAAUUGGAGACCAAGAUAUGAAUAAAACUACAUGUUAACA